ACCCAAAACACUUCUUCUCCCCAUUCUCAACGCCGGCACACCCCAUCUCUCCCGCCGCCGCGCGCUGAGAUGCCGAUCCUCUGCCAGAUUUUUCGCCUCCUCCGACGACCUGGCGUCGCCACCUUUCAUGACCCAAUGCUCCGCCUCUCCUCCACCUCGCGACCUCUCCUCUCUUUCACGGCCUCUGCGCCGCCUUGCUGGUCGCCACCACCGCUUGCACCACGAGUUUUCCCUCUCAUGGCUCCCGAUCUACUUGUCCGUCGUGUUUCCCGAUUUCCUCCUAGAUCUCGGAGCAUGUCCAGCAACAGUGGACUCGAAGACAAGCGAUUGCUCAUCUCUUCUGCCAACGAUCACUCUGUCAUCAGCCAAGGCACGAAAAAUGUAGAGACGAGUGGCACAACCUUGGAAGUUAUAGAUGAAAAAGGAAGGAGUAUUGAUAGCAAGGAUACAAAGAGCGCAUUGAUAGCAAGCGGUGACGAAGUAUUCCCCAUGGAAUUGCUUCCAGAAAGCACACACCGUGAUGGUUCUAUACACAGAAGCACUCAUGCGUGGAAAAAGAACUAUGCUGUUGAUGACCGUAGUGAGACUCGGUUGGCAGAUCCCAAAGAUUGCGUCUUCCGCAACGGAAAAUGCAAGCGGCAUAAACCUAGUCGCGUCUUACAAAUUUUCUCAUUAAAGUUGGUUGAACUUACUGUGGAUGUUGGCCCAGUAGAGUUGUAUGGAUACAUAGCAGUGCGGGAUUGUCUGGAUACAUUGCUUAAUUAUGUUGUCAAUAUAAGCAGGGAUGAUCAUGUCAUCGUGAAACAGGGUUCUCUCAUCAACAUGGCUGGCCCUAAGCGAGGCAUAGAUAUGUAUUGCGCUGUUCUAGUGGAAUUUGACAUUAGGAUCAAGGCAGGCAAAGCAGAAAGGGAUGAUCACCAGCUGAUUGAUGGUGUAUCAGGCAUAGACGACCUGUGGGGAGUAUGGAAUCAAGCAUUCACAAACCGCAUCUAUGGUGACUGUGGCGCAGUUGACAUAACCCUAGCACGUAUUGAUAAGGCAGUCAUGGCGAAUGUAGAAGUUGUCGUGUCAGAAGUGCAGAGCAGUUUUGAGCUGUGCUUCAGUUGUUUUAUCGGUGGUUAUAACGAAGAAAUCCGGCUGUUCGAUGGUGCAAUUGGCGAGUCACACCUCUUAAAGAGGUCUGUGGUUGCUGUAGCGGAUGGUUCCACUCUGGAUUUGAAGUUCAAGGUGGCCUCGGGGCCUUUCGGUUCAGCGGAGCACUGUUGUUCCUUCAAGGCGGACACACAUGGACUUGAAACUCACGAGAUAAAGACUGAAUUCGGGUUGAUGUCAGUGAAGGUGACUUGGUCGACUCUGCUUUCCUCCCAGUAGGCUUAUUACAGGCCUUGAAUAAAGUUAAUCGAAAAGUUGUGUCUGAGGAAUGGGCCAAGACCUGGUCAACAGUCUAGAGUGAGUCGUGGACACUGUUGAACUGUUUCUGGUAUCUUUACAUGUUUCUAGUAUCUCCUGACAAUCCUAGCCACUUGGCGUACACUGUUUCUUCUAUCUGUGACUGUAAGGGUGCGUUUGGAUGCAGCCUAUUGGCUACACUGUUUCCCGUA